AUGAUCUCGGAAAACCAACAUGGGACCACCGAAUCGUCCCCGUUGUUGCGCGAUGUCGACCCUGAAGCAGCCAACAGGACAAAAAAGGCAGGAUGGCAACAAGAAUUGAAGAUUAUCUCGCGAUACACAGCUCCGUUGAUGGUCGCACUCCUGCUUCAACAUGCAUUGACCGGGUCCAGCAUUUUCAUGGUGGGCCAUCUGGGGAAACGGGAAAUCGGGGCCGUGAGCUUGGCUAACAUGACCGCCCAAAUCACUGGAUACUUCGUGUUCCAAGGCCUUGCAACAUGCCUCGAUACUUUAUGCCCGCAGGCAUAUGGUUCGGGAAAUCUGAAAAUGGUCGGCCUACAUGUUCAACGCUUAACACUCUUCAUGCUCGUUCUCAUCGUCCCAAUCGGGGUCAUAUGGUACAAUGCCGAUCGCCUGUUCAUGCUGGUUCUCCCAGUUGAAUCUCAUGAAACUGCUGUUCUCGCGGGAUUGUACCUCAAAAUCGCUAUCUUCGGAGCUCCUGGGUAUGCCUGCUUUGAGUCUGGAAAGCGAUUCUUCCAGGCGCAGGGUUUAUUCGGUGCUAGUUUGGUGGUCCUUUUAGUUUGCUCUACGCUUAACAUCUUUAUGGGCUGGCUGUUUGUCUGGAAGUUACAAUGGGGCUUCAUCGGUGCUCCAAUCUCGGUCGCCAUUGCUAAUAGUCUUCUUCCAGUCUUCCUAGCACUCUACGUCAUCUUCAUUAGAGGCUCAGAGUGCUGGCACCCUAUCUCUGUCGAAGUCUGGCGCGGCUGGGGUCCAAUGUUGAACCUCGCCAUCCCGAGUUGGUUGAUGAUCGAAGCCGAGGUUCUCGCUUGGGAGUUCAUGACUCUCAUCUCGUCUCACCUCGGAGAAACUGAGCUUGCUGCCCAAGCUGCUAUCUCUACUCUAUCCGACUUCGCAUUCCAAGUCUCCUUUUCCAUUGCCAUCGCUGGUGGAACGCACAUCGCGUAUCUUGUAGGAGCAGGCCUUAUCGACCGUGCAACAAGAGCAGCUACAGUUUUGGUCUUCACUGGUCUUGGUGCUGGCUUAAUGAAUAUGGUCAUUGUCCUUGCUCUCCGGGGUGUGAUCCCUGGCCUGUUCAGCGACAUUGGCGAAGUCUGGCAUUUGAUCUACUUUUUGCUUCCAUUGGGUGCCGUUCUUCAGAUUCCUGAUGCCGUGGCUACCUCACUCAAUAGCUUGCUGCGAGCUGUUGGGCGGCCUGAUUUGGGCAGCUACGUGCAGCUCUCAAUCUAUUACCUCGUGGGGUUGCCAUUGGGCAUCGUUUUCGCAUUUUGGUUGAACUGGAGCAUUUUUGGCCUCUGGUGUGGAAUCUUGAUUGGACAAUCUAUCAUUGUCGCGAUCGAGGGCUUUUACUUCUGGAAGAUGGCUGACUGGGCCAAGGCAUCGAGAGAAGCGGUGGAGCGUAUGGAAGAUGAAUAA